AUGGUCCUCCGAACGAUAAAUGUAUCGUUUAUCAAUAUUUUAGUGGACGUAAAGUUCUACGUUAUUAAGUGUGUAUUAGACCCCUAUUACACUACACCGAAUCAGGGCUUUGAAUUAAGGGUGGGAUUCGGGACGUCAGAUUUUACGCCUUUACUCGUCGCAACAACCUCACGUACUACAUCGACACCUGGUACCAGUACGCAGUCUAUGGAGAAUGAAAUAGCGGAGCUGAAAGCAGCUGUUAAGAACCUUACCAUGCAAUUGAGCAGACGUUCCAGACCAUGUGACCGUUCUAGCAUCCGCAAUCGCAGACGUUCAACUUCCCGAUCUGACUCCAGCUACAGAAGAUACCCAACCUGUUGGUAUCACUCGAAAUAUGGAGAUAAGGCCAACCGGUGCAUCAAACCCUGCGAUUUUGGAAAAUCGGGAAACGCUCGAAGCAGUCGGUGA